AUGGUUGCAGUAUGGUUAAAACACUUGAUUGUUAACCGAAAGGUGGGAGAGAAACUCUGUAAUCUUCCUACUGUAGAAAAUGGAAGAAUUGCCCUAUAUUACUAUACUUUUAAAAGUUACUACUUUCCAAUGGCCAUAGACAAGAAAAUGCCAUUCUCCUGCUUGGCUGGUUAUACAACUGAAACUGGGAAACAAGAAGAGCAAGCCACAUGCACAACAGAAGGCUGGUCUCCAGAACCAAGGUGCUACAAAAAAUGUACCAGGCCUGACCUGAGCAAUGGUUAUGUCUCUGAUAUAAAAUUUAUGUACACCAUUCAAGAAAGCAUGAGCUAUGGAUGCACUUUGGGAUACAAAACCACCGGGGGGAAGGAUGAAGAAGUGGUUCAAUGUCUCUCCAAUGGAUGGUCUUCCCAACCAGCAUGUAGAAAGGAACAUGAAACAUGUAUGACCCCUGAAUUAGAUCAUGGAAAUUAUUCCACAACACAGAAAACAUUCAAAGUGAAUGACAAAGUACAAUAUGAAUGUGCUACUGGCUAUUACACAGCUGGAGGAAAGAAGACGGAGGAGGUACAAUGUCACAAACAUGGAUGGUCUCUCACACCAAAAUGUACCAAAUUAAGGUGCUCAUCUUUAAGAUUAAUAGAAAAUGGUUAUUUUCAUCCUGUAAAGCAAACGUAUGAAGAAGGAGAUGUAGUUCAGUUUUUCUGUCAUGAAAAUUACUAUCUAAGUGGAUCUGAUUUAAUUCAAUGUUAUAAUUUUGGUUGGUACCCAGAAUCUCCUAUAUGUGAAGGAAGAAGAAAUAGAUGUCCUCCUCCACCUUUGCCACUAAAUUCCAGAAUUGAAACUUAUCCAAUACAGUAUCGUCAUGGAGAAAUUGUUCAUAUAGAAUGCGAACUUAAUUUUGAGAUUCAGGGGUCAAAAGAAAUACGUUGUGAAAAAGGAAAAUGGACAGAACCUCCAAAAUGCAUUGAAGUGAAGGAGAAGAUCACCUGUGAGGAACCACCCCUAGUUGAGAAUGGUGCAGCAAACUUACACUCUAAAACUUAUUACAAUGGAGAUACAGUGACAUAUCGAUGUGAAAAUGGCUACCACAUCCGUGGAUCAAACGAGUUAACUUGUAAACAUGGAACAUGGACACAUCCCCCUGAGUGUGUUGAAAACACUGAGAACUGUAAACCACCACCUGAUGUGAUAAAUGGGGCUCUUGUGGGUGAAUUAUCGGCAAGCUACACAACAGGAUCCUCAGUGGAAUAUAGGUGCAAUGAAUAUUAUUUAUUGAGGGGAUCAAAGACGUCUCACUGUGAACAAGGAAAAUGGACAGCUCUACCUGUUUGCUUAGAGCCAUGUGCUAUAAGUGUGGAUCACAUGAACAGAAAUAACAUAGAGAUGAAGUGGAAAUAUGAAGGAAAAGUGUUACAUGGAGAUUUAAUUGAUUUUGUAUGUAAACAGGGAUAUGACUUAUCUCCAUCCACCCCACUGUCUGAGUUAUCCGUGCAGUGUAAUAGAGGAGAAGUGAAAUAUCCCGCAUGCAUUAAAAAAGAAUCUAAAGGAAUGUGUGCGCCUCCUCCACUUAUUAAAAAUGGUGUCAUUAUGAGUUCAACAGCUGGCCCCUAUGAAAAUGGCUCCUCAGUAGUAUACAGCUGCUUCGAACACCAUUUCCUACAAGGAUCGAGGGAUGCUUUUUGUUUAGAAGGAGUAUGGACCACACCACCCUUGUGUUUAGAGCCUUGCACUUUAUCUUUUGUUGAAAUGGAAAAGAAUAAUUUACUUCUGAAAUGGGAUUUUGACAACAGACCAUAUAUUUUGCAUGGCGAGUAUAUUGAGUUUCUUUGUGGAAGAGAUACUUAUAUAGCUACAUCAUCUAUUAUAGGAUCUGAACUUAGAGUGCCCUGUAACAGAGGACAAUUAAAAUAUCCAAGGUGUAUUCUGAGAGAAAGAAUUCUGUCUUAACAGCAACCCUUAAGACAUGAAAUGAAUGGCAGAGAGAAAAAUACUUCAACACAUCAUAAAAUCCUUUAUAAAAAAUGA